UGUGGAAAAUGCAUACCGGUUUUAAUUUCCCGUCUGGUAUUUUUGCAGUAUACCAGUUCCUCCGGUACGUAAGACUUGAUUUAAGGCUUGAUUCGAGAUUGGAGUUUACAUACUGUAGCUAAUCUUCAUGCCAGGUCAUUCUGCCCUGACUGCACUGUCACUUCAUACAGGUCUAUUAAAAACCUGCACAGAGCAGAACCAUGUAGGGCAGUUUAAUGCCCAAUCCAUCCCAGCUUAAAAGAUUUACUGUGGCCUGGAUGUCAUUUAGCUAUUGUUUUCUUAACCCAAUCUAGGAUCAGCUUCCCGGGUUUCUAUUUAGGGAAAUCAAUCAACAUAGCAGAUGUGUGUGAGAGUGUGUGUAUGAGAUGCCUGGAAUAGCAUGGCUUGUAUUUCUGGCCUUCAGUAUGUGGUGGGGUCCCCUUUCUCUGGCUGCCCCUGGUCAUGUGAAACUCCUGCCACUUGGAUGUUUGGACGGAGAGAGUGGACAGUCUGUUUUCCAUCGCAAAACGCGCAGAUUACGUCCAGAUAUGGAACAGGACCCGGCAGAGGAGACUGAAACUCAGGAUGUUGCUCCAGAUGCUGAACUGGCUGCAGCUAUAAUGAUGAGGCAUUUCUGUCCAUCCCUGAUUAAAACUGAGGCGUGGGAGGGAUACAGCUUUGCUGACCUGGAGAUUAAAAUUAAAGAGUCGACAGACUGCUACGGUGCUGUUCUGUGGCCUUCAGCCAUGGUUUUGUGUCAUUUCCUUGACGUCCAUCGUGAGCAGUUUAACCUUACGGAUAAGAACGUCAUCGAGAUUGGUGCUGGGACCGGCCUCGUAACUAUCGUGUGCAGCCUUCUGGGUGCCAAGGUGACGUCCACCGACCUGCCCGACGUCCUGGGUAACCUGCGGUACAACGUCAGCCGGAACACCAGGGGGCGCUGCCGCUAUGAGCCCUGUGUGACGGAGCUCAGCUGGGGGCAGCAGCUGGAGGAGCGCUUCCCUCGAGCCUCCUGCCACUUCGACUACAUCAUGGCAGCUGAUGUGGUUUACAGCCAUCCCUUCCUCAACGAACUGAUGGAGACGUUUGAUCACCUGUGCUCUGAGGACACUGUGAUCCUGUGGGCGAUGAGGUUCCGGCUGGACCCUGAGAACAGCUUCGUGGACAGAUUUCAAGCUAAAUUUGACUUGGAGGAGCUGUAUGAUCUGCCCAGCCUGCGGAUUAAAUUAUACACAGCGCGAAAGAAACGCUCACAAAGCCAGUCUGGAGCUGCAGCAUAAAACUAGUACUGAGGUACAAAACUGUCCUGAAUUUAGUGUGUGUCAAUGAGUGUUGUGCUGGUGGUACAGUGAGUGGAUCAGAUACAGCAGUGCUGCUGGAGUUUUUAAACACUGUGAUUAAUCUCUCACUGUCCUCCACUCUAUUACACACUCCUACCUACAGCUGAAACAGCUUGUAGAUAAAAGUCAGAGACAGAAGCUCUGAACCUGUUGCUGCACAGUUUGUGAUGAUCAUCCUCUAGUCCAGGGGUUGGCAAUUAAGUCAGAUAUUUUCGAAGUCAUUACGUGGCGGGCCACAAAAAAACAAAUCUGUUUUGUAAAAUGAAGUGUAAUGGGAUGGAGUGCUGCAGACUAGUAGCUCUCCAGCCCAGAGGGUUGUUGAACCCAAUUGCAGAACAGUUGCUCUCAAAGCAG